UUCGACUUCCGCCAACGACAGCAAUUUGGAGUAAAGCCCGCGAAAUCUAUUCACAUGGAAUUCAGAAAGCACGCCAGCUCAUAAGGGUAUCGAACCUAUCGUGAUAACAUUUUUUUCUCACUCAAAAGCUUUGUGUUUCCUUAACAAAAAAAAUGGCCAAACAAGGACAGGGUGUACAACUUGGGUAUGGACUGUUACCUUGUAAUAAACGUUUUUCUACCACUAUUAGCGAAUAUGAGCAGAUGCACAAUAACAACAUAGCUGAUAACAAAUUAGUUCUGGCACGCCUUUUAUCUGAAUAUAGACUUGAAGCUCCUUCACAGCGGGUGAUAAAUCAUAAGGUUCGCCGAUCAUCAACAAAUAACAAACCAGUAGUACUACGUCGAAAUCCUGCUCGAAGUACUCGCAGUCAUUAUAGUUUAUCAGUACUAGCUCCUGCCACAAGACAACGUAGAGGUUCUGUAUCCUCAACUGUCUCCUCAUCUUCUUCAUUAUCAUCUGUAUCACCUUCUGUUUCACCUGAGAAACUCUUAGUUCGAUUUCCAUUUUUCAAAAGACCUAUCUCUGAUGGCAGUUCCAUUGAUUUUAUUGAUGACAGUGAUGAUGUUUCAAGUGAACAAUGUCUUCUGGACAAUCGAAGAAUGGCUCGAGUUCCACCAAAAGUGAAAUCCCCUGAUGAAAUAACAGAAGCUGAUUUAGAAUUGGUUGCUGAGUAUGUUAGCCAAAAGAAAUAUGACAGUUUAUGUGGUACAACAUGCCAUCAGUGCCGGCAAAAGACAUCAGAUAUGAAGACUAUUUGUCGGUCAUCUAACUGUGUUGGUGUUCGGGGUCAAUUUUGUGGACCUUGUUUAAGGAACCGGUAUGGUGAAGCUGCUAUUGAAGCACUCAAAGAUGCGAACUGGGUGUGUCCACCUUGUCGAGGUAUCUGUAACUGCAGUUUCUGCCGAAGGAAGAAGGGACGUGCAUGUACUGGUAGAAUGAUACACCAUGCUCGUGAUAUGGGGUUUUCCAAUGUCAGUGAUUAUCUAAAAAGUUUGAGAAAAUAAUAUUCAUGUACGACUGAUGGCCUUAUGAACAACCAACACAAUAUGAGAUGAUUAGUUUACUGUGAUAAAAGACUUGAUGUGCUGCCUUGAAAAAUUAACUGCAUUUUCCUGAGGGCUAGUCAAAGACUUAACUGAAUGUUUUUUUGCUUUCUUUGAUGUUCAUGUUACAUUUUGUUGAAUUCAUUUGAACCAUUCAUAAGUUGAUAUUUGAAUACAUGCAAAUAGUGAGGAUAAAAAAAAAAGAAAGGCCAUUUGCUUCAACUUCUUUCAUGUAGACAUGUGUGGGUACUUUUAUUGUUGAUACCACUUUUGUUACUACCAGGAAGUGCCAUCAUAAUAUACUGUGCAACACAAAAUAGUUACAGUGGUUCUUGAUGAUUUGCCUUAAAACAAAGGAGUCAUUUGACAACAUUCAUUCAGAAAUUUAUCACCUGUCAUGAAAUAAAAAAGUGGACUUCUCAAGCCUGAAUUUUAAACUUCUACCAUUUUUAUCUUUUAAUCUAGAAAAAGAAAAAAAA